UUCGUGACAGGCAACAUCUCAUUAGAUUAACGUUGCGCUGUCUGUUCGCUCUUCUUUUUUUGUAGUAGUAAAUAAUCAAAUCAGAUCACAAAGCAACAACAACACACCAUAUAUAAUUUUCAAAUCUAACUACAGCAAAAAAAAAAGAAUAACAAAAACAAACCAAAAAAGCCGAUGAUAUAUAAAAAGAGAAAGAAAAGCCUGGUAAAAGAAGAAAAUUCACAAAUGCAUACGCGGAAGAAAAUCGAAACGACGUUCGAUCAAUUGAAAGCCAAAUUCGCAACUUGACUAACGGAUUAAUACGCGUAGACGGAAUUUUAUCUUUCGUAUGAAUGGAGUAAAGAAAAACAUAAACAAAACAAGUGUUUGAGCCCAUAUAUGCACACCUUGCCGGGGGAGAAGAGAAUUUAAAAAAAAAAUAUUUGCAAAAAACAAGUGUCUGUUUGAAGAAAAAAUAUGCUGUAAACAGAAGACAAGUGUUUGAAUAUUUUAUUUGUUAAACAAAAACCCCAAACAACAACACAUGGAAAAAAGAAGUGAAAGCAAACAAAAUCAAAAUUUAUAACAAAAAAAAAUCAAUAGUGAAACAUUUUGCAUUUUGCAAACUUUUAAAGAAAUUUUUUAAAAAAAAAAUGCUUUGAUACUUGAAACUAAGCCAGCCUACAGUUUUUAUUUGCAAGUGUGUUGAAAAAAUACCAACAGUACCAAUGGCCAAAAUAAAAUUCAAAUUUAAAUUUGUGUUAACUUUAACAAUAUAAUUUCUCCAAUCUUGGGUUAUUUAUUGUGCAACGUGCCCCUUUACCUGUUUCCCCCCACCAACAACCACCCACUCUCAUUUCUACAUAAAUCCAAAGAGCAAAUAGAAACCCAAAGAAAAGAAAAUUACAUAUUUUUGAAAGAAAAACGUUAAGAAUUUCUAAAGACAAACUGGAAUCUGUAACUGAAAAAACGUCGUCUUUAACAGCAACAACGCCUUUAAGCCACCGCCUCAACAGUGGUGUACCAACCACGGCUGCUGGCUCCCCACAACAAAUCAUAACCGCCAACAACACCUCAUUCUCAUCAACAUCAUUAUCAUCAUUGCCAUUAAUUUCAACAACUCCCCCCUUAUCAUCGAUAUUAUCAGCUGAGACCAGUACCAGAAGUAACAGAGCUAACCAAGUUAACACCUGCUGCUCAUCAUUGUCACCAUUUCCCUCACCUAAACUAUCAACAACAGCAGCAGUGUCAGCAGUCAGCUUGACCACCAACACCUUCAAAACGGCGGCUAAAUCAUCCUCAUCCUCCUCAUCGUCACCCUUGCCAGCAGCAGCCCCCACAGCAGCAGCAGCAGCAUUAGUGGCAGCAACAGCAACAACAUUAUUGCCAACAACAGUUAUCGAUUCAGUUGAGGCCUCCUCCAAUCAAAGCAACCGAAUGCAGCCAACAUUGCCCCAAACAGCCGGUACAGCCGAUAUGGAUUUGACGGCUGUACAAUCAAUGGAUUGGUUUUUCAAAAAGGAACAAAUUUAUCUAUUGGCACAAUUUUGGCAACAGAGAGCUACCUUGGCUGAAAAGGAAGUCAACACUCUGAAAGAGCAACUGUCCACCAAUACCCCCAAUACCGAUACCAACAGCGAAGGUGACAACAAUCUGGAUUUGUCAAUUUCCACCUCCACAGCAGCUAACAUCACUAAUACCACGAAUAGCGGUGAAGCGGCAGAAGCCAGCGACAACAAUACAGCAUCGGCCACCGAUAUCCCACCAAAUAAUCGCCUGACGCCCUCCUCAUUCGAUAGCCACAAUACGAAAUUACUAAACAGUGUGGCUGCAGCCAUAACACUGCAUCAGAACGGUGGUAAUCUGUUGGCUACAACACCUUCACCAUCGCCACCCCUCUCCGAUAGCGGCAGCAGUCAGCAACAAUUGAACGGCUGCUUAAAUCCCAAAUUGUUCUUCAAUCACGCCCAACAAGUUAUGAUGAUGGAAGCUGCUGCCGCAGCAGCGGCCGCCGCCGCUGCAGCAGUGCAACAGCAACAAUCGCCCAUGCAUUCGCCACAACCUGCUGACGCUAACACAACACACAAUGCACAGGACUCAAGUGCUGAGGAAAUGCAACAACCCACCAACAACAACAAAACAAUGGAACACAAAGAUAAUGCAUCAUCAUCAUCGUCAUUAGAUAAGGCCUCAAGUGAUACUCAACAACUGCAGCAGCAUUCACCGGAAAAAGACAACAUUAAUAACAGCCCCCGCCAUCGAUCUACUGGCUUGGUGGAGGAGGAGGACGAUGACGAAGACGAGGAAGCUAAUGCGGAGCAGGCCAGUGAUUGUGCUUCGAUAAAUAAUAAUAACAUUAACAACAACAACAACAAAAAUAUCAAUAGUUUUAAUAGUGAUAAUAAACAUAGUUUAAAUGCCAGUUGUGCGGAAACGGAAAUGCUAAAACACAAGACAAAGACAACCACCAGCACCACCGUCGCCGCCAGCACCCAUGCCACAGAGGAUGCAAACUCAGAAGAUUUAGAGAGUAGAGGGCCUCUAUUGGAACCCAAACACUCUGAUUUUGUAGCUGCCAAAGAGAAAGAGAUUAAAGCCUUAUUUGAAGAAGUUAAACGUUUAAGAGCCCUUGAACAAUCCCACUUGGUACAAAUCCAUAGGCUGGAGGAACAUUUGGAAGCCAAACGCCAACAUAUUGUACGCUUGGAAGCCAAAUUGGAAAAAGAACAAAUCAAUGAAGCCCUACAACAAUCCGCUGGCCCCCCAAAAUCCGAUCGUCAAGAAAACCCCGAAUCGGAAGUGGUGGCAGAAAAUUUGGAAACCCCUCAAAUGGUCAUCGAUUAUGAUGACGAUGAAGAUGAGGAGGAUAGACCUGCAGAACCAAUUCAGCAUAACCUAGACGAUGAUGAAGAUGACGAGGAGGACAACUGUGAUCUAGACAAAGAAAAUAACAAUGAUAAUGAACAAAAUCAAAAUUCUAAUGCUAACCCAGAGCAAAAUGCUGGCGAGGAUGUGCAAAAGGAGGCAUUGAAAAUCAAAAAGGAAACACAGGCUCCUUUGUCUUUGGACUCCAUUAGCCAACAAAAUGUUGUUGCAGCUGCUGCUGCAGCGGCAGCCGCCUGCAAUAACGAUCCCAAUAAAUUCCAGGAAUUACUCAUGGAACGCACCAAAGCCUUGGUAGCCGCUGAAGCUUUGAAGAACUCUGAAGAAAAUUCUCUAGAUAAAGCCAAGGAGCAAGCCAUUGCUGAUGAAGAUGGUGGUGAUAAUGAAGUCUUAGAAUCAAACCCCUCCGCUUCAUUAUCUUUGGAAAAGCCCAUCGCCACUAACACCACCGCUACCACAACCACCAACACCAACUCGACAAUCCCCCCUAAUAAUGAGGCUGAUCUUGAAGAAGCCUCAAAAGUGCCAAAAAUCGAAAUACUAGAUGAUGAUGAUGCUGAAAAUAAUGCUUCUCAUAGCGCUCAAGAUAAUUCAGAGAAAGCUUCAUUUUCGCUGUGCGAUAAAAAUAAAAUUAUCAAUUUGGAUAGUGACAAGUCUUGUGAUGAUGAGGCUACGGCCACUUUUAAGCAAAAUGUUGAACGUUUCGGUUCUUUGUUGGGCGAAGAAUUGGUCAAUAGCUAUUGGAGGCGAGGCUUUGAUGCAACCAAAUCGCAACAACAGCAGCACCAUAGCCAACAUCAUCUGCACCAUCAUCAGCAGCAUCAACAGCAACAUCCUUUAAUGAUGCCUCAAACCGUCCAAUCGCAACAACAUCAACAACAACAGCAUUACCAUCAACAUUUGCAACAACAGCAGCAACAACAAGCCAUUUCGUCGAACUCACCUUAUACUACGUCUUCUUUGCUACAACAUCCGUCUUCUUCGCAGGCCCCGCCUUGCGGUCCUUCGUCCACCACUUUGCUUAGUCAAUUAGUUAAUUCCACUUUUUCUACCCCCAACUCAACCACAACUCAAAAUUCCUCUUUACGUUCAACAGAUGCCCACUUCCCACAUCAUCAUCCACAUCAGCAGCAGCAACACCUCCAUCACCAAUUGCCUCCCCACUUAGCCGAUCAUCAUGAUAAGUCCUCGGCUGCCCACAAUCAUCAUGAAUCGUCAGCCUCCAGUGCCAGUACGCCCAACUUGCCCGAACAGCGUUCGAGUGAGGAGCAGCAUCAGCAACAUCAUCACUCUCUCAAUGGCUCGCUGAAGAAUUUCGAAGACAACAACAACAGUUUGGGAGCCACACCCACCGGCCAUGGUCUGGGUGGAGGUCAUCCCCAUUUACCUCAUGGCUUCCUGCCCGGUUUACCAUUCCAAUUUCAAGAUCGCGGCCAUUUCCGCUUUGCCGAUGAUUUGCAAUUGCCUCCGGGCACCUCAAUGGCUGGCCGCUUGGGCGAGUCCCUGAUACCCAAAGGUGAUCCCAUGGAGGCCAAAUUGCAAGAGAUGCUACGCUACAAUAUGGACAAAUAUGCCAAUCAGGCCUUGGACACAUUGCACAUUUCGCGCCGUGUACGCGAGCUGCUAUCGGUGCACAACAUUGGCCAACGCAUAUUUGCCAAAUAUAUUUUGGGCCUGUCACAAGGCACCGUCUCUGAGCUGCUGUCCAAGCCAAAGCCUUGGGAUAAACUCACCGAGAAAGGACGUGACAGUUACCGCAAAAUGCAUGCCUGGUCCUGUGAUGAUAACGCUGUUAUGCUGCUCAAAUCGUUGAUACCUAAGAAAGAUUCUGGCUUGCCGCCUUAUGGUGCUGGUCGUGACGAUUCCAUGUCUGAUGAUCGCAUUGCUCACAUUUUGAAUGAAGCCUCAUCACUGAUGAAGGGUUCAGGGCCUUCAGUUUUGCAACAGCAACAACGUUCGGGCAUUCCCGAAGAUUCCCACAGCGCUGAGGAUUCCAAAUCACCUCAUCAACCUUGUUCCUCACCCUUCUACAAGGAUCACAUGAAAUCACAGAUGGACAACUCAAUGUCUGGCUCCGGUCAUAUGCGCCCCGAUGAGGUUAAUCCCGAAAAAAUGGCUCGCCUUUACCAAGAGAUAAUGGCUAGAGCUCCACGAGAAGCAUUCCCAGGUUUCUUGCUUUCUCCCUUUUUCAGCGGCGGCCUACCGGCCGGCAUGGGUGCCAAUGCCUUUCCUGGCCUAGCGGCCGAUGAAAAUAUGCGCAUGGCCUUUGAACGAGAGAUGUCCAAAUUGCAACAGCAACAACAGCAGCAGCAACACUCUCAGCCGCCCAACUUUGCCAAUUUCUCUAGUCUCAUGGCUCUGCAACAGCAAAUGUUGAAUGGGGCCCAGGACUUGACACUGGGCAAAGAGGAAGGCCUGAAAGACUCCAAACUCAAUGGACAACGUCACUCCUUUGAUGGAUCCUCACAGAACUCACUCAGCAACGCUGCCGGCGGUCAGACUACCCCCAAUGCCAAAGAAAAUUCUGCCUCAGAUGUUGAUAGACUGUAUCCCGGUAUGGUUAAGAACGAACAGGGCAACAAGACUCCAGCUCCAGCACUUUCCAGCAAUGCUUCCACCACCAACACCAAUUCGGCUGCUCCCAGUCCUCUCAGCAACUCUAUACUCCCGCCUGCUAUGACUCCCACCGAUGAGUUCGGUGCCACCGCCAGCCCCUUGCAAAGAAUGGCUUCCAUCACCAAUUCCCUGAUUACCCAGCCUCCGGUACCACCACAUCAUACACCACAACAGCGCCCCACCAAAGCCGUCUUGCCACCCAUCACCCAACAACAAUUCGAUAUGUUUAACAAUCUCAAUACCGAAGACAUUGUGCGCCGUGUCAAGGAGGCCUUAUCUCAGUAUUCCAUUUCGCAGCGCCUGUUUGGAGAAUCUGUUUUGGGCCUAUCCCAGGGAUCCGUAUCGGACCUCUUGGCCCGUCCCAAGCCCUGGCACAUGCUCACCCAGAAGGGUCGAGAACCAUUCAUACGCAUGAAAAUGUUUUUGGAAGACGACAAUGCCGUACACAAAUUGGUAGCUUCCCAAUACAAAAUAGCUCCUGAAAAGCUAAUGAGAACAGGCAACUAUGCAGGAGCCCCACAAAUGCCUCCGGGCUUGGUGGGCAAAAUGCCACCAUCCCUGCCCAUGCAAAAGAUGAUGAGUGAAUUGAAAUUGCAGGAACCAGCUCACAUUAUGCAACAGAUGCAGGCAGCCGCUGUUAUGUCCGCUGCCAUGCAGCAGCAUCAACAACAGCAGCAGGCUGCCGCAGUUCAACAGAGCCAGCAGGCCGCUGCUGCUCAGGCAGCAGUGCAGGCCGCACAAGCUGCAGCUGCCGCUCAAGCCGCCCAGGCCGCUCAAGCUGCCCAACAACAUCAUCAGAGCAUGCUAUUGACUUCGCCUGGCUUGCCUCCACAACAUGCCAUUCCUUUGCCUGCCGCCAACUCUAAUCCCACUUCGGGCGCCAGCACACCUGCCGGUGGUCCCUCUUCCGAGAAGAAACAGCCAAUGAUGAUGCCCAUCCAUUCGCCCCACCAAGGAAAUGCCAUGCGCAACAUGCACCAGCACAUGUCACCCACCGUUUAUGAGAUGGCAGCCCUCACUCAAGAUUUGGACACUCAGGUUAUCACCACCAAAAUCAAGGAGGCUUUAUUGACCAACAAUAUUGGUCAGAAGAUUUUCGGCGAAGCUGUUUUGGGUUUGUCUCAGGGUUCCGUGUCGGAGUUGCUGAGCAAGCCCAAGCCCUGGCAUAUGUUGUCCAUUAAGGGUCGAGAGCCUUUCAUUCGCAUGCAGUUGUGGCUUUCCGACGCCAACAAUGUGGACCGUUUGCAGGCGUUAAAGAAUGAGAGAAGAGAGGCCUCCAAACGCCGACGUUCCACAGGACCCAAUCAACAGGACAACAGCUCAGAUACUUCCAGCAAUGAUACCAAUGAUUUUUACACCAGCAGUCCUGGUCCUGGUUCGGUGGGAAGUGCCGGAGCUCCCCCGAAUAAGAAGCAGAGGGUGCUGUUCUCAGAAGAGCAAAAAGAGGCUUUGCGAUUGGCAUUUGCUUUGGAUCCCUAUCCCAAUGUGGGCACCAUAGAAUUCCUGGCCAAUGAACUGAACUUGGCCACUCGCACCAUCACCAACUGGUUCCACAAUCAUCGCAUGCGUUUAAAACAACAAGUGCCUCAUGGUCCUCCGGGCCAGGAAACGAAUAUACCCACACGUGAAAACACCAAUUCCACUCCUUUCGAUCCCGUCCAAUUCCGCAUCUUGUUGCAACAGAGAUUACUAGAGCUGCAAAAGGAACGCAUGGGUCUGGGAGGCAAUAAUCCCUUGCCAUAUCCACCCUAUUUUGCGGCGGCUGCUCUAUUGGGCCGCAGCCUGGCUGGCAUGCCCAAUGCCGGAGGUGCCGGUGUACCCAAUGAAGCCGAAUUGAGAGCCUUAAAUCAAAAAUUCCAAGAACAAAUGGCCGGUUUGGACUUGUCAAUGAGUUCGCUGAAGCGUGAGAGAACCGAUGACUUUGACGAUGAUUUGGAUGAUGGCCAUCUCAGUGAGAACGAAAAUGACUCUUUGGAUGGCGAAGACAAAGGGGGAGAGUUUAAGGCGCUGAGCAGUCUAAAUGCCCAACACUUUUUGAAUAGCAUGCGCUUGAACAGACGCAAACCUGCCGCACCACAAUGGGUUAACCCUGCCGUUCCCUCAGCCACCGAAAGCGAGCGCAUUAUCAAUGGCGUUUGUGUUAUGCAGGAGGGCAACGAUGAGUCCUCAACCCACCACGAGGAGGAGAACCAGGCCAAGUCAUCGUCGCACAACGACAGUGAGGAUGCCGAUGCGGAUGCCCCACAUCAUCUGGUCAUGGAGCCCGAGGUGUUGAUCAAACAAGAAAAAGAAGACUGCGAAAGUGAUAACGACAAACCAGCAAAUGAUGAAGCGUCGGCUAUGAUGAGUGCCGAGGACAAACUGAGAAUGGUGAGGGUCAAUCGUCUGAGCAACGAGGAUGAGGGAGUGGCGCCAGCCAUCAUGCCAGCCACAGCGUGGAAUUAUUAAGAAAUAAUAGACCGCAAAACAAGGCAGAGAAAGUGCAAUGUUCGGAAAUGUUGUCUUUUUUGAUUUAACUGUUUUCUUUACAAGUUUUAUUUUUUGUUGUGAUUAAGUUUGCAUAGGGUUGCCACACCGUGUAAAUAGUAGUCGUAAGGCAUCAGCUGGCAACUCUUGAUUAACAGAUUUGAACAAAUGAGUAUUAUGAUUUGAUUUCUAAGAAUUUUCGUUUUUAAGUUUUCUUUUAUUGCCUUUAGGUUUUUAGUUUUUAGUUCAUAAAUAAAGACUGUAAAUUAUAAGUUUUGAGGAGUUUCAGUUCAUAUAUAUUUAAAUGUAAAUAUAAUUUAAUAGUUGUAUAUAUAGAAGAAAACCACACACGCAGACAUGCAAACCAAUUCAAAAUCUGAUUUAACUUCCUUUUUGAUCUCAAAAGAACUAUCGAUGAUUUUUUUAUAAUAAAAAAAUAAAAAUAAAAAAAAAAAUUACUAAAAAAGGGUAGUUAAACAAGCAAACAUAAAUUUAUAAAAAAAAAAAGAAUCUCUUUUUUUUUAAAAAACAAAAACACAAUAAAGAAAAUAUAUAAAAUAUAUGAAAUAAACAAAAAACUAAAAUGAACCAUAUGAUAAAAUAAAAAUAAAUUAUAAAACAAUAACAUAUGUAGAUGAUAAUAGUUUAAAUUUCUUCUUUAAUAAUAAUGAAAAAAAACAACAACAAAAAUCACUUUAAGAUAAAAACUUAAAAGAAAAAACAUCAAAAAAUAAAAGCCCUUUUAGCAUAUCGUUUAUUCUAAUAAAACAAAACCCAAUAAGUUUUCCAAAAAUUUAAACCUAAACGCAUAAAAACAAAACACAAAACAAAUCCUAAGUUUUCCUACUUAUUUAUAAACGAAAAAAAAAAAAAACAAAAUAAAACAAAAACGCCCACACAAACACAAAAUAUUUUAGGCUAAGCUCCAAAUGUAUAUAUUAGUUGUAGCUUAUAAGUUUAAACAAGUUAAUAUUAUAAUUAUUAUUAUUAUUAUUAUUGUCACCAAAAUUUUUAUUACUAUCGGAAAGUAAAAACCAACAAAUUUAAUGUUUAUCUGUUCUGUUGAUAAUAAGUCAAAAUAAAAUACAUAUAUUUAAAAUAAUAUGGCAUAACAAAAAUUCGUUUUCUUAUGCAUCUCAAAAAAAAAAAAAAAAACAAAAAACAAACGAAACCAACAACCAACAAUUUGCAUUUCUAUUUUAUAUGCUUUAGUUAAAACUUAGUUUUAUUAGUUUAUAAUUUUAUCAUUAUUAUUUUUUUGAAAUAAAAACGAAAAACAUGAAAAUAAUUAUCACAAAAAAAGAAAAAAACAAAACCAAAUCAGUUUUUAUUUUACCACAAUUUUAAAGACACGAAACGCGAAAAUUUUGAAGAAAUAAAUGAAUAGCAGAGGAACCUUAGUCCUCGCAAUAAAUUUUUAUAAAUAAAUUUAAAUAAAAAAAAUUAAAAAAAAAAAUGGAAAAAAGCCAUGGCCUCUGCUAAGGUCUAGUAGUUUUUUUUUUUUUGGACUUAUAUAAAGAACAAAAAAUAUCGAUAAAAAUCAACAAAACCAAGUUAUUUAGUUUAUUAUAGUUAUCGAAACAAACAACAAAAAUAUAAUAACAAGAAAAACAAAAACAAAAUUAAAAAUAUUAUUAAAAAUAAUAUCUCAUAACUUAUCAAAUAAGCCCCACCCUGGCCCCUUCCUCUCAAAAACAAAAAAAAAAUCCUUUGACCCAAAAACAAGUAAACCAAAAAUUAUCAAAAAAUUAUACACCUUCUCCCUGGCCCUUUUAACAUUCACACAAACUCUCUCACAUUUACACUUUCACACACACACACACAUUCACACAUUCUCUCUCUCUCAAACACAUGAAAUCUUAACGCGUACGUAAUAAUUAUAAAAAUUAAAAUUAAUUAAAAAUUAAUAAAAUCAAGAAAAAUAUUUCAAAAAAGUAAA